UCUACACACCAAUCGAUGACCUGCUGCAAUGAAGGUUAAAGAAGUAGUAGAGGACAUUGUGAAGUCUCGAGAAGACAAAAGAUGCUACCGAGGACUUGUGUUGGAGAAUGACAUGAAGGUCUUGCUAAUUAGUGACGUCACGACGGACAAAGCUGCAGCUUCAAUGGACGUACACGUUGGGCAUAUGAGCGAUCCAACAGAAAUCCCAGGUCUCGCGCAUUUCUGCGAGCAUAUGCUCUUCCUUGGCUCGGAAAAAUAUCCAGAAGAAAAUGCAUACACACAGUUUAUUCAUGCACAUGGAGGCAUGUCCAAUGCGUUUACAUCUCUUGAGCACACAAACUUCUACUUUGAUGUCUCGCAUGAUCAUCUAGCUGCUGCAUUAGACCGGUUUGCACAGUUUUUUAUUUGUCCUCUCUUCACUGAGUCUGCCGCUGGUCGGGAAGUCAAUGCUGUUGAAUCAGAGAAUGUGAAGAAUUUAAAUUCUGAUACUUGGAGGUUGUUUCAGUUGGAGAAGAGCACGAGUGAUCCGACACAUCCAUACAGCAAGUUUGGGACAGGAAACAAGUCAACACUAGAAACAGAACCAACCAAGAACGGCAUCGACGUUCGAGACGCUCUCCUCAAAUAUCACGACCAAUUCUUCUCUUCAAACAUCAUGGCUCUUGUCGUCCUAGGAAAAGAGUCACUUGAUGACCUCACUCACAUGGUUGUUGAUCUCUUUACGUCAGUCGCCGAUCAGCAAGUUUCGAUUUCUUGUUGGAAUGAACAUCCUUACAGUGAUGAUUGUUUGCAGAUUCACUUGCGUGUGGUUCCUGUGAAGGACGUGCGAACAUUUCAGAUGAUAUUUCCUCUGCCUGAUAUGCAGCCGUACUACAAAACCAAUCCCACUCAUUAUGUUGCUCAUUUGGUGGGUCACGAGGGGCCUGGCAGUAUUCUCUCUCUUCUCAAAGCACGAGGUUGGAGUAACAGUCUACUGGCAGGGCCAAUGGCGGGUGCUAAAGGGUUUAUGUUUUUUAUGGUUCGAGUUGAUUUGUCAGAGGAAGGAUUAGCGCACACCAAUGAUAUAGCAACGAUAGUGUUUCAAUACUUGGCAAUGCUGAGAAGUCAAGAACCUCAAGAAUGGAUAUUCAAUGAAUGUGCAAAUCUCAACGCAAUUCAGUUUCGCUUUAAGGACAAGGCACGUCCCAUUCAAACAGUAUCUCAAACAUCAGCUCUACUGCAUGAAUUUUGUUUGCAAGAGGCUUUGUCUGGCCUUUAUCUGAUGGACGAAUUUAAACCCGAUCUCAUUCAAAUGGUCCUCUCCAAUCUAAUCCCUCAGCGUGUCAGGUUCAGGACCGUUUCCAAGCAUUUCGAAGGAAUCACUGAUCAGGUGGAGCCGUGGUAUGGCACUUCAUAUUCAAGAGAGAAAAUUCCACCCGAACUUAUCGAGGGAUGGAUUGAUAUCAAACCGAUCCCUGAAUUGCAUCUGCCGCCUGUCAACGAGUUUAUUCCUACCGACUUUAGUUUGCAUCCUCUACAGCCGGAAAGUCCGACUGUACCAGUACUCAUUAAGGACACGCCUUUCUGCAAGCUUUGGUUUAAACAAGACGACAGUUACUUUUUGCCAAAAUCGUGUCUUUACUUUGACAUCACAAGCCCUAUGGCUUAUCAGGAUCCCAUACAGUGUGUGAUGACUCACUUGUAUGUUGAGUUGGUGAAGGAUGCGUUUAAUGAGUAUGCGUAUGCGGCGGAUAUAAGUGGCAUAGAAUUUACACUGAAGAGUACGCAAUAUGGUAUGGAGCUUCGAAUUAAAGGAUACAAUGAUAAACAGCGUGUUCUACUUUCUAAACUUCUACAAAAGAAGGUCAACUGUACGAUCAAUGAGGAUCGAUUUCGAGAGAUUAAGGACAUUUACUUGAGAAGUCUGAAGAAUUUCAAGGCUGAGCCACCGCAUCAGCACGUGUUGUAUCACAUGACUUUUCUGUUGAUGGAGAAGGCGUGGAGCAAGGAAGAGCUGGCAGCAUGUCUGGAAGAUGUUACCGCAGCCGAUGUCCAAGCAUUUGUUCCCAGUUUGCUUAGUCAUCUUCAUUUUGAGUGUCUAUUUCUCGGUAAUCUCAGCAAGGAAGAAGCAUUGGAAAUCGCUGAAACAACAGAGAGCACGUUCACUGAGAAUAUGGGAACAAGAGCACUUCUACCUGAACAACUAGUACGUUACAGAGAAAUCGAUCUUCCAAGUGGUUCAUUUUAUGUAUUUCACAAACACAAUGAUGUACAUCCAAGUUCUUGUGUUGAAAUCUACUACCAAGCAGAUGUGCAGUCGACUCGUACAAACAUGAUGCUGGAGUUGUUCUGUCAUAUUAUCAAAGAGCCGUGCUUUAAUACACUUCGUACACAAGAGCAAUUAGGAUAUCUUGUUCACUCCGGUUAUCGGCGAGCGAAUGGCAGUCAGGGCUUGCGAUUGCUCAUACAGUCAGAGCACAAUCCACUUUACAUCGAGUCUAGAAUCGAAGCAUUUUUGAAGAGUGUUGAGGUGUGUCUUGAGACAAUGUCGGACGAAGAGUUUCAAAGACAUGUGCAGGCGUUGGCUGUGGAGAGGCUUGAUAAAGCAAAGCAGUUGACUGAUGAGUGUAACAGGCAUUGGAAGGAGAUCGUUACUCAGCAGUAUAAUUUUGAUCGUGACAAUAUUGAGGUCUCGUUUCUCAAUACUAUUACUCUGAAUGACAUCAGACACUUCUACAAGGAAAUGCUGAACAUUCAAGCACCACAAAGACGGAAAUUGUCUGUACAUGUGCAUGGAACAAGAAGCAGAGAGAAUGAAGAAGUCGACGGCAUCUCUAAACAAAGUCAGAACGAAGCCACAGCGGCAUCUCCUUCACUACAACCAAGUGUCAUCGAAGAUGUUUACCAGUUUAAAGCAAGCCUGCCACUACGUCCUCGUCUAAUGCCAUACUCCCAGAUCGCCAAGCUUUGAUCAUUGACCAAAUAAGGUAUCGACUAUAUAAGGAAUUUGGUUGUUAUCACGUGACCAUUAGGCAUUUUAAAAUGGAUAUUUAGAUAGUGUGAAAUAAUUGUUUGGCGUCUUUGAUACGAGUACAAAUCAGUAGUAAUUGAAAUCUGCAACAUUUAGUUUACGUCA